AGUCCAUAUAAGCGAGCCAGGUGAGGCCAGGCCAGGCCAGGCCGUCUGGAACCAUCCGAUGGUGGUACGGGAGGGGGAGGGGGUGGGGGUGGAGGCACGAACUCGCGGGGCGAGAGCAGGAGUUGACAAACUGGCCGCAUUCGGGGCUUGAGGCCGCAGCGUUCAAACGCCGUUGACAAAAAGUCAAGUACAAGACAGCACGACGCCUCGUCCCUCCCCCUGCCCUCCUCCUCCUCCUCUCGAGGCGCUCCAGCGAGCUCGGUGCAGUGAUUGGCGGGCUACGUCCUCUUCGGGCACUUGGACUCCACCGACUGUGCCAAAGGCAUUCCAUGUUUGGCAGGGCGACUCAUGCGCUCCCGCACUCAGGAGGCUCCGUGUCGGCUGAAAUGGCGCCAGGCCUGCUCUACGUGCUCCCGCAUGUGACUCGCUCAUCUGGCUCACGAGUCCUUCAGCGCUUUCUCUGCGCUCUCGUUUCCUGAACCGGGUUCGGGGCCGCAUCCUUGACUGCUGCUAGCCGGCCUCGACUGAUCCACCUGCGCACGAUCCAGUGUGCUGCUGCAGAGGCAGCACGGGUUCAUGGCCCUUCCUUGCCUUCCACGACUCGCUGCUCUCGGUGCUCACUCCUUUUCCCUGCCCAGUGCCCGGCUGCGAGGUCGGAUCCGACAUGCCUUCAGCUAAUGGCGGAACUACUUGUGUCCUUUUCGGGAGGUGACAUUCUCCGGAAUGCUUAUUCUAUGUUCAGGUAGGCCUGGAUCGGGCUCAUUCUUCCGCCGGAUCCACGCACUCGACAGGCGUCGGCCAUGAGUUGGACGGCAGAAUUCCACAGGCCAGGGCUGCUCGCAGUACGUUCGUACAAUGUACCGACGAAUCUCCGGCCUCUGCAGCUUCAUUUUGGAUCCGAUCUCGAAUUGUGGAUCUCCUGGUUGUCCUCGACGCUCGCGGUGGGUCAAGAUCGGGUUCAGGUGCUCGGAGAAUCAAGUUUAUCGGAAGGUCAUCUCGGCGUCGAGCUUACGAGUCCGCUUCUGGCUGGUUGUGUGCGUGCAAUUCUCGGCGACAUAUCCUCAGAUCUAGACUCUUUUCCGCGAGUUGUGCGACCCUGCGGAGUCAUCUGCACCUUAAGACUGAGAAGCCGGAGGUACCGAUUCCGUAAUGUCUCCUGAAGAUGUGCUCCGUCUCCGAAAUGCGCACAGAGUGCGCACAACCUUUUCGCACACGCCUCCGCGAGCGUGAGUUCGAGAAUCACGUUCGUGCCCUCGCAUUCUCCAGGACGGGAGUUAAAGCGAUUAUGAAUAGCCGUAACCUCGAGGUGUAAAAAGUGCAGCAGCUCGAGCGGAUUGACUGCCUGUCUACGGAGGAAGUCUUGCCGGCCGGCCAGCGGCCGCGAUGAAACGCAUGGAAAGCAAAGCCUGUUCGCUCGCUCGAAGAAGUCCUUGACCAUGGAGUGUGGGAGGAGCUUGAGACCUUUCCAUCUCCGGAGGCUCUUCACUGAUGCCCGAGGUCCGAGCAGGGCAGUGCAGGCCGAACGUGAUGGUCGUGAGAUCCACAGAUUAAGGAAAAUUUUUGCAUCUUCUACAUUCACUACUCCCAUGGAGAGGUACUACACGGCUGAUGAUCGAUGUAACUUGCCGUGCUAGCUUUCUCUACAGCAGUUGGAGAUCUACCUUGUCAGCGUUCCAUCGUAAAAUUGCGCUAUAUGCUGCAGCAGAACCUAUCGACGAUGAGCUGCUCUCCGAUGACAUCGAUAUGCUGGAGCGCCGCGUUCAUCGAGAUUUCGCUGAAGCGCUCAUCGUCUUAGCUGGUGAGCGAUCUUUCCCUCACACUGGAGAUGCUCAUCUGCUGCCAUCUCCAGCGCGUCGAUCAGACGAGCGAAUUCUGAAGAGCCUUCGGAGGAGAAAGCAACCUCACAGAGAGUCACAUCGCCACUUCUCAGCGGUAGAUCCAGUUGUUACAAAUCUGCAAAUCAGAGCACGCGGAUCCUAGACUCCUCAGUUACCAGGAGUUUCGUUCGUUGCUCCCUUAGGCCGCCAAGCGAGUCACGAGCCAAAUACUUGCAUCGAGGCGGCACUGAGUUUGAAUACUGGACGAAAGUCACGCUGUUUCGAAUCCACUGAUGGCGUCAAUUUAUAUGGUCAAAGCCACAGGUCAGUUCCCGAGGAAACGCUUUCAUCCUCCAAGAAGCAGGGAUCCUGAAAGGAACACAUCCCGAAGUAUCGAAUGCAGAAAACCUCGGUCUCUUUCACACAGCAUUCCGCUAGAUGGAACCGGGAAUCGAGAGCAGGAACGUCACCAUUUUUGUGUUCAUCGACAAAAAAACCUCCAAAUACUGUCGAGUUUUAGCGAAAAUUCCAAUUUCUACCGUCGAACACAGAUAGUCUUUACCUCAAUUGCAGCUGGAAGCCGAGAUUCGCAAAUUGAAGCGUCAUGUGGAUUGCUGCGUCCUUUCAUCCUCAGCAAUCCACUAUCAGGCCUGAUGACGACGGUUCGAAUGGGGAUGUUCAAGUUUACUCCAGUUCAUCUAUCAUCGAUAGUCGCCAAUCGCCAGCUCCACGCCGAAGAUUCACCAAGUGGGUGUCAUUCGAGGUCGAAAUGUUUGAUCCAGAAAUGAGCAACAUCAGUUAACUUGUCUGUCCUCCAGAUUAUCCCAAGGUGAUGCACCUCCAGAAGAAACAUGUUCGCUGGGUGAGCAUGUCUGAGAAGAUGGAUGCCAACGGGGUUUCCUCGCCUUAAAGUGUAUGAAAGGGAAAUGGUAGGUAAGAGAAAGCCGUCGCCGUCAAGCAGGGAUACCGAAUCGGAAGGCAUUGAACUGACAUUGUCUGGAAGUCGCUCCAGACAAUGUCAGCUCAAUGUCUUCGACUUGGAAAAAUGUGAGGAAUAAUGCAACUCCGAGUUCCAACAGCCUACCUCGAGUAGACCUGAGAAACAGGUCUGCUCGAGGUAGGCUGUCGGUGUCAGUGCCGAAUUGGGGCACGAGUGCAUGCGCACGCGCUUGUGCAUGACUAUUUUGUCCAUACAUGAUUUGCCCACAUGCUUUGUGGAUUAUGAUCUCCAGGAGCUCAUAAGAGAGUCAAUCGAGCGGGCAAUUAUUUUGUCAAUGUACAGAAUUGGCAACGAGCUCUGCACACUUCGGAUUUCACAAUUCUGUGGCUAUGGCCACAUCUCCCUGGCUUGAGGGUUUGAUUUCGUGGAGCUGAAAGAACUUAGAUUGAUACCGCUCGGCUUCGAUGAAGGCAACGCCCUGAGUAUCGGAGAUCUCGAACUCUUGUGCCUACUUGUAUAUUAUCCAGCAAAAUGAGCUUGGUUCUGGAAGGGUUUUAGUGUGGAUCCCAAGGUGAAGGAAGGGUUUAGAGCAGCACGAUCUCGCUGAAGUUAAAUCUAAGCCACGGUGUUUCCAAGUGCUUCCCGGUGCAUUCUGGAGGCACGAACGGGGUAAUUAUCAAGUUUGUCUGGCAUGCUCCACUGACAAGAUCAUCGAGUUUGUCCCGUUGUGAAAGAUGCUCAGGAGGCUGAGCAUGACUUCCUGAUCAUGCUAAUCGUGCAUACACUGCAAGUCCUUGAGCUAUGAUGUUUCCUACGAAUCCGGAGUAUGACUUUUGCGUCUGGACUCGAUGUCAGGGCUCCCACAGAGCUCUUACCAGUGCUCGAAACCGAACUAAUGUGAAAUCAUGAAGGUUUCAGAUCGAGAUUGUGAAGGUCGAAGUUUGACUAAGUUCGAGCGACGAUGAACUUCGAUUCUGAAUGUGAAGAAUCGGUGAUCAUCUUCAAAAAGCUAUGAGGAAAGUGAAGGACGAAGAGACGCUUUCUCACACCAAGUCUCUGUGAUCUCGAUAACUCUCAGUAGAGUCUAGAAAACUUGAGAUCAAUAUUUCUUUCCGCCAUGUCAAGUCCGUGCUGGGAUAGAAGAUAUUUCGAAGUAAGUGCAUCAGCUUCGAGGAAGUACACACGCUUUUGGCUUGCGGGCGGGUCGCGUCACGCCCAUUGAGCAACUCGAUCUGCGGCAUAUAUUUUCUGUAAUUGUUGAACAAAUGUGUUUCAUCCGGGCAAUCUCGAACCGAGCUUUUCACGCAUUCAUUGAGACCCUCGAACAGGACGAAUCUUCAUCAUGUCCAGUCGCAAAAGCAUGCCCAUCCAUCUAGUGAAACAAUGAAGUUCAUGCUCUCCGUCAUUGAGUCGAUUGACUGGAACAAUUCUGAUACACACAGACCCUCGAAGUACGACUCGAUCCCAAGUCGUCGAUCGCAUAAACAGCCUACAGAAUCACGUAAUUCCAUCCGAACCCCUCGCAACUCGCAGGCAGAACGAGUCGUCGGUCUGUGAGAGUGCUUCCACUCUUCCCCUCACAGACGCCAAGCACAAGUGGCAGAGUGCAUGGAGCAGAGCCGCCGGCAAACACCGAGCUGGGCUUCGGGUAAUCGCUCGAACAUUGAGUAAUAAUUCUUGUCCGGCUACUUGUCGAAAUCCUCGAAGACAGAAGAACAUAAGCUGUCUUUCGUAGGAGCAAGUGGCUUUCGUCAGGGCGUUUGUGGCUUCGGCAAGCUCGCAGCUUUUGGUGGGCUCCAUAGCCACGGAGCCGAUGCUUGUGCCAAGUAAGCGCGUGCCACCGCCAGUCGAACCCGAGUUAAGCUUUGGGGUCCUGCUGCUUCCUUCGCUGCGGCUGCGGUUGUAGGCCCAGCCGGUCGAUCGUGGCGUGGAUUUUCGUCGAUGGAGAGGCCUGAUAAGGACAGGGCUCAGCCCGAUCUGCGAAAUCACGUGCAAUCGCUCGCGGAUUCGUUGGGGUUGACCGAUCCGGCGCACGCUUCCGAUCGCACUUACCAGUCGCUUGCUCUCGGGAGGCUGAUCCGCUGCCAUUGUGGAGGGGACGAGGCGUUGGUCCGCAGGUGGGCAGUCCGAGUUUGGUUUGGAUGGAUAACUCCGGAAAUUAAUGGUGCAGGUCACCGGCCUUCGUUCUCACGUUUUGUGAGACCCUGCGGGCCCUUGUGGUGCAUCGACAUCUGAUGCACAAUUGAGUUGAAAUCGGUGGUGGAGUCAACUCUUUACAGCAAAAUCUCAGUCUGCGCUGAACUGCUCGUGCAGCUUGCAUUGCGUUGCGUUGCGUUGGCUUACAACGCCCCUGAAAUCAGCCAGGUGAGAUAGCACCUUGCUGCUCUUCUCUGACCUCGUCACAUCCCAUCCCGUCCCAUGUUCUGUUUUUCAAUCAUUCCAUCACAUCAAACAGAAAUGUCACUUUUAGACUCCAUGUUUCCGGAUCGAUUCAUCACAUCGCUGUACGAUGUUCUCCUUCCGUAGAGUCGGUCCGGGGAACUUGAGAGGAUCAUUUCAUCGAUCCGAGUUCAUCGUUCAACUUUAAAUUGACCCCCUCAAUCUAUCGAGUGUUGGUCUCGCUGUCACUCUCGGAAGCGUGCUAUUAAAUGAAUUAUCCGCACGAAUUGAGGAAGUUGUUUGAGAUCAGGAGACAGAGACGUUGACAGGAAACUGCGUGACGGCUCGACGUGGUCGUGGCCGAUUCUCCGACCUCCCGAGCGCAAUGCUUCUGUACGAGUCGUACAGCGACUGUACUGUGUACGAACGCACACGGCCGUCCACUCCCUUCGCGGUUCUGGUCCUUGAGCUUCACUCGGAAAGGAGGCGCGAAGUCCUCGUUCAUGAUUCUUCCGUCUGGGAUCAGUAAAUGGCGCCUCCCUCCCUCUCUCCCUCCCUCCAUCGUUCGAUCCCUCGCAGUACGGAGCCGUGCGAGCCUCGUCGAUUCCUUUCCACGCCGUCGCAUCUUUCUUCGUGUCGCUCGUCCAUUCUAUCCAUCUCGUCGCCGUCGAUUGUGACCCAGCGGGCGGUCUCGGUAAAGCUGUACCCGUCGACACUGUUGUCAUGCGCAGUGAAUUCUGGAAGCUCGGAUCGUCCGAUGCUCUGCAAUUGCAGCGAGGGUUUCCGUUCUCGGCGAAGCUUCACAACGCUGAGGAUCUUGACUCUGUAGUUCACUUUACUCUCGGACGCUCAGGGCUGGCUCUCGUACUCGAGCUCUUGUACUGAAUAUCGAGUGGUCGUUUGAUUGGCAGGGAAAUUGGGGAAUCCCACUCGCGGGCUACGGAAGCAGACUGAAAACAUGCCUUUGAAAGUUCUCGUAGUUGGAGCGAGCAGAGGGGUCGGUCUUCAGGUAACGAGAGCUCUGGUCGAAGGAGGGGACAAAUUCGAAGUGUUUGCUCUUGUACGCAGUCAGGAGAAAGCCAGCAAGGCCCUAGGUUCUUAUGCAUCAAGAGUGAAAUUCAUUCAUGGAGACAUCACCAAGAAGGAGUCCUUGAUUCUAGCUUGUCAGGGCAUGGAUGCCGUUGUCUGCGGCGUUGGUGCCCAAUCAGGGUGGAGGUUACCAGGAUGGAAUCAGUAUACUCCAAAGUAUGUAGAUUACAUCGGUGUGCAAUAUCUUGUCCAAGCAGCUGUUCAUAAUCGGGUUCAGAAGUUUGUCUACGUCUCUUCACUGGGCGUGACAAGGCCAUGGCUGCCUAUAGUCUUCUGUUUGAAUGCUCUGUACGGGCGAGUCUUACACUGGAAAAGCCUUGCAGAGAAAUCACUACGAGACGCGUAUAGACAACACGAUGAUCUCGCAUACUAUAUCGUAAGACCUGGAGGUCUGAAUGACAAGGAAGGUGACCAUCAUGGGAUCAUCUUUGACCAAGGGGAUACUUCGCUUGGAAGCAUAACACGUCGGGACGUGGCAACUGUUUGCGUAGCUUGCGUCAGCGAAGAAUCGCCUCCAAACGUCACUUUUGAGAUCAUAAAUGAUAUGCAAAAUCCUGCUGGAGAUUUGAAGGGUAUAUCCACAUUAGUACCCGAUAGUUUUCAUUUUUCUCCAAGUCGAGGGAGAUGAAAAUUCUAUAAAAUCUGACUUGAAACGAAAGUGUGUAGCAUUUUGUACAAAUUAGAGUAGCUCAUAUGUGUAUGUUACAGCUCCUUUGCAGACAGUAGAAUCAGCUGGGAAGCCAAUUGAGGAUGAUUCAAUAUUCUUGUGUGUAACUCAUUCACUGUCAUCAUUCUCGAAAAUGGAAUUGCCUCAUUCAAUGCACCAGGUUGCGUUUUCACGAAAUUCCUUGUCAAGCAGGAAUUGGGCAUUCAUAGCGUUCAUCGCUAUCUAUGUAACACAAGGUACCUUGAUCGGUCCACAUGCCUCAGGACUUGAAAUUGUGCAUACUUAUAGCUCGUCUGUUUUCAGAGAGUUCCUGGUCUAAGAUGUUGGGUGGAAGAUGCGCGGCAGCUUUUCAUUACCCGAAAAAAAGUAAUUGGGAAUACGUAGACGUUCUUAGACUUGACUAUGGAUGUGGAACUGGUUUGUGCUUGCUGGUGGAGUGAUGUAUUUACAACUUUAGAAACUCAUCAUCUGUGAGGAGCGAAGAAACACACAUUUGCUGCACUUUAUGAUUCCAUGUCCGCAUCAGCUAUGCCAGGCUCCCACUCCUUUAACCACGUCACCGACGUGUUUCGAUACGCAUGGUAUAUCAUACUUCACCGUGGGUGCUGGAAGUAUCAGAUUCAGCUGAGCACGGACGCUGCAAGUUGCUAAAGUUGCGGCUUCACUGAAACAUGUAACAAC